GUUGAUAAAUAAAAUCUCUGUUGAGCUUUAAUUUCCAAUUUUUUUUCUAUGGUUAAAAAUUUGAUUACUUCCAGUCAUAUCUGACAAAUGUCAAAUGUCAAUGAUAAGAUCAUCCAAAUGUAUGCGACAUAAUGUCAAAAUUUUUCAAGAAUACUAAAAGUGAGGGCGAUGGAGAGUACAGAUCUGUUGAGAAAUUCAAGAUUAAACCAAGGUCAUUUUCUUGUAAGCCAGAUAUCGGCCCUUCUGGUGAUCACAAGCAACUAGAAACACCUACCAUUGACAUCAAACCAAACUACAGAGUGAAUAUGUGGUUGAACAAUAUAGGAUCUGGUAGCUCCCAGAAUUCCUGCAACAGUAGCGAGUUGUAUAAACUCAACGAUGACUACUUGGAACAAAUAAAUUUUAUACGCAAAAAAUUGGAGAUGACUGAACUAGAAGAACCUCAAGAAUCUCCUGACGAAGUAUCUACGAACGCAAUAGAAGUUUUCAAGAAAGAUAGUUCAGACUUAUACGUUUGUACCUUGAAUGACGACUGCGGAUUUUGCAAACAGAAUAGGGAACAGAGUGAAUCCAAAACGUCCCCACAAAUCAGACCAUCGUUGUCAUCUAUCAGUGAAAAGUCCAAAAUAUCCGAUGUAACCACACACUCUUCGGUCAGGUACAGACCACCAUUGAAAAAACCAUGCUAUCGACCGGAUGCAUCAGCUCCGGUUUCAAUUGAAUCGAAGAGGACGAAUCACUCUAAAACUGAUGCUGCCGAUAUUCCAGUUUUAAAUUUGAAUAACGAACCAUUCAGCCAGUGUAACGAAAAUAAAUCUAUUCAGUGCACGAGCAGGGAUACAGAGUUAACAGACCAUACGUCACAUUCAACAGAUCAUUCUAAACAGAUACGUAACCACCAGAGGCACAUAGGCGAUAACAUUGAUUUAGUAGAAGUGGACCUGUAUUUAGAGCCAGAAAUAGUGUUGAAACAACCCGUAAAAACCACCAAGAAUUGCAUCAAAUUUCUGCCUAUCGAAGAUGAAGAGGUAUCAACCUCUGAGAAAUCCAACAAGAAUGAUUUUUACGAUGAAAUUGUAUCGAAUUGUAGUUUUAAUUUUGGUCAACGUCUAACUCCUAUAGUGCCUUCUCAUGAUUCUUUCUUCAAGUCUAAGAAAAAGGCGAGAAAAAGAAGGUUUAGGAGAAGAGAAAGAAGUAAAUUGGAAGGAGUUAAACUCGAGAAGUCGAGCAUAGACAUACAUCGAACAUAUCCCGACACAUCAGAGACAUCAGAUCCAGUUCAGGAAAUAGAAACCAACGAGAUUCCUGCUAUCAAUGGAGAGGGAGACAGCGAAAAUUUAGAUGAUAAGUUGAUGAUGGGUUUAGCCUUACCAACGAGGACAUUAAGACCUGUGAAACUACCAUUAACAGCAAAAAUUUCGCAGUUGAUCUACGGAAAAAAAUGUGAAACAGAAAAAGUUGAAGAAGACGAGAUAUACACAUUCGAAGAAGAUAUUUCUUCAGCUCAAAGUGGUGUUAGGCAAUGUAACAAUUAUGUGAGAGUUGGUACAGAGUAUAGCAAUUAUAGGGAGGCUGCUGAAGAUCUCCUCACCAUAGGCGGCGGAAGAACUGAUGAUAUGAAGGAAAACGCCUGUCUUCAUAAAAAAUCGAGUAGGACGAAAAGUACAAACAAAUACAACACCAAAAAACGACAGUCAGUGGAUUACGAUUUUUAUUCAGUGGAUUUACCAACAGCCUGCGCCAAUCAUGGUGUACUUUACCUUAACCAGGAGACCGAAGAAGACAGUAGUGAUUCGGGUUGCCUCAAGGCUAUAGAAAAUUGUUGUUGCAUUAGGAGAAUAUUCAAAAGGAGAAGGUCGAGGUAUUUCUCUAGAUGAAAGACAUGGCAGUUGAUAUAAUGAAAAAAAAUGUAUACUACUCAUUGUGCAAGUGAUUGCACCGUAUUAUUCGAAGGAAGUCGAAUAAUAAGUAGUGAAAUUAAUCUAGUUCUAUAAGUUUGAAAUCAAUGCGAAUACGAGCAAGUUUUAAGAAAUUCCAUUUUGUGAUUGCUAUCAGUGUUCAUUAUGUAUUGUUGAUUGUUGCUGUAGUUGAGAGGUAAUGUCUAAAUAAUUGCUUGAUUAUGGAAAUUGUCGUGUUUCAUUGCAAUGUGUUGAGAAUGGAACUGAUCGAGUGAAGCAAGGUUGGAUUGGUGUAAUGGCUUUUUGAAAAAUUAAACUAUUGAUUUUUGUGGAUUGUAAAAAUAUUCGAAUAAUGUUUAAAGAUUGAAUACGAAUAAACGAAUUUGCAUCAUUUUAGGCGUGAAGAGAGGAAGUGUUAAA